AUGUCGCAGGCCGGCAGUAUUGACCUCACACCCGCCCCUCUGUCACCCUCCACGGGCUCAGAGAGCGGCAGCCUGCAGACCUUCCGCACAUGGACCAUCCCCAGGAUUAUAGCACAGCUUAGACGCAAGGGCAUCCCCUACCCCGCUACGGCCCGGAAGGCAGAGCUCUUCAGGCUACUUUUCCCGCCAACACCCAAUACAGCACCCUCCAACCCACAGACAUCCUUGCAGUCCAUAUCCGGGGCUAUCUCCCAGUUGCACUCCAUGGUCGCCACACUAUCCGCAACAGUUUCCGACGUACAGACCAGAGUCGCAACCCUGGAGGCUCGCCCUCUCACACCCGUCCAUGACACAGUCGUGGUUUCGGCGCUGGCAUCCCCUCUUACAGGUACGCUAGAGUCCUCUUCUACCGUAAUCCCCGCGCACCUUGUCUCCGCCAGCCUCAGGAAGGAUAUCUUGGAGGGAAAGGACGUAAAUUUAGCGUUUCUGCUGGUUUCGGUGCAUGACGUGGCCGACAACCGAGCAUAUGCCUGGGGGGACGUAUCGGUAGUCGUCAAAUCAAAAGACCCCAGACUCAGCCGUAAACUUACAGUCACUGAGUUCGUCCUGGCAUUCGGAAUGUUUAGGGACAUCAUCUGCUCAGCCGCCCCCAACAGGAGGGAAGAGCUGGACCUAUAUCUCCAUUCAGUCACAGAUUUAGGUUACAAGUACGGAGGGCACGCCUUCUAUGACUACCACCGCUCGUUUUCGGCCAAGGCAGCUGCCAAGCUCAGCCAGUUUCAGGCCAAGACAGACUGGAGCAUUUGUGACACAGAGCUUUUCUGCCGGCAUUUUGCAGGCCUCCGCUCACCACUGUGCACCCUCUGCCAGUCCUCUACCCACACGGCAAAUUGGUGCUCCGAUAACUCCACUAAGCGCCCUGCCUACCCUCCCUCCUCCAGUACCAGCUUCUACCUCUCUACUCACCCCACUCCUUCACUGGCCAUAUUUCUGGUGCACGGCUUCACAGAAGGCUUCCACACUGGCCUCAUUACCUUACCCCUCACCUCACACGAGUGCAAGAACCUCCAGUCAGCAGCCAUCGACACGCAAGCAAUCGACACCUUACUACAGUCAGAAGUGGAUAAAGGCUUUGUUAUUGGCCCCUUCCCACAGUCUCCUUUCCCAGUCUGGAGAGUUAGCCCUAUUGGGCUUGUCAAGGGCAAGUUCACUAAUAAAGUCCGCUUGGUGUACGACUUGUCUGCGCCUCAUUGCUCCCACAUCCCCAGCCUGAACUCCCUAAUCCCCUCUGCACAGUUUUCCCUCAAGUACGCCUCAGUGGACCUGGCCAUCCAAACAAUCAUCUUAAUAGCCGGAGCCUGGCUAUCCAAAGCGGAUAUAUCUGACGCGUUCAAGCUCCUUCCCAUUGAGCCGUCCCUCUGGCGCUGGCACGGCAUCAAAUGGAGAGAGGCCUACUACUUCGCCACCAAACUGACCUUUGGCUCAAAAAGUAGCCCAUGGCUCUUUAAUGUCUUUGCCCAGGCCCUCACAUGGAUACUGUCCCACCAGGCCCACUGUCACUCAGUCAUCCACUACCUCGAUGAUUUCCUGCUCAUUGAGCAACCAGGUACAUCCCCCACUGAUCUAGACAAAUUAAGGGUGGUCUUCAACAACCUAAAUGUGCCCCUAGCCGAGCACAAAGUAGAAGGACCAGCACAUUCCAUCACCUUCCUAGGUAUCAACCUAGACACACAAGCCAUGCAAGCGAGCCUGCCUCUUGACAAAUUAACUCGCAUCAGGGCUACUAUCCACGACUUCACUCAGUCGCAAGGAUGUACCAGGAGACAGUUACAGUCCUUACUAGGGAUGAUGAAUUUUGCUAUGAGGAUUAUCCCUCAAGGACGGUCCUUCAUAUCACGACUCUUAGUCUUUCUCACGCCAGCACAAGACCCAGACCGAAUCCUCAAGCUAGAUCAGGCAGCAGUAUCAGACUUGGCCAUGUGGGAUGAAUUCCUCACUAGCUGGAAUGGCAUCUCAAUGUUCAUCCCAGCUCUUUUAGACGAGUCUCCACAGGUGGUCACCGAUGCCGCAGCCUCCACCGGCUUUGCGGCCAUAUUUGGCCGUCACUGGUUCGCCGAACCUUGGCCCCCAGAAAUCCUCCUAAUCCCAGGCUUCACCCAGUCGUCAUCUCUCUUCGAGCUUUACCCGGUCGUUGCAGCUGCCCAGCUCUGGGGCCACACGUGGACAAAUCAAACAGUGCUUUUUACCACGGACAACCAGGCCACAGCUGACAUAAUUAACAAGGGCAGAUCCCGAUCUCUCCAUAUUAUGUCCUUCCUGCGUAGGCUCGUGCAGCUGUCUCUCUGCCACCACUUUAAUUUUGUUUGUAGACAUAUUCCAGGCAAACUCAAUACCGCUGCUGAUGCACUGUCCCGUUUCAACCUCACCUUGUUUUUUCAGCAGGAGCCUGGAGCCGACCCAAUGUCCACCCCUGUCCCACCCUGGUCGUUGCUAACGAUGGAUUAAAAACUCACCUCGCCAACGCAACU